CACAUUUUGAACAAUGAUGUUUUAAGCAGUGUGAUUUUUCUUAGGUUUUUCCCUGAAUUAUGCAUUGCAUUUUGUGUUUUCAGGUUACAACUUAACGGAUAAUGUCCCGGCAGAGAAUUGCAAAUACCUUUUCCAUUUUUCUGCAUAAUUUUAACUGAUCAACAGGUAAAAACUAAAAACAAGGUUUUAUCAUAACUUUUAUUAUUGAGAAAUUGCAACUAUCAUGUGAUAUGUGUAGUGCUAGAUACCUCUGGUGUCCUCUUUUAGAGGGAAAAUGUGUCUUUCUUGAUUCACAGUUGCUAAAUGUUGCCAAAAAAUUGGUGCCUUUUGAAGAAAAAGUUGCUAGUGUAGUCAGACAAUUUGCUAAAAGGCCAUGUGUUAUUAUUUAUAGAAACUUAUAGUGCCACAUAAAUCAGAAAUUAGUUCAUACUUUGUGCCUAAAUCACUGAUUCAACAAGACCAAGGUAAUGAAUGAAUGUGAUUUAAUUUUCUAAAGCACAGACAUUCUGCUUGUCAUUACACACACACACAGUCUCAGUGUGCAGCAUAAUAAGAGUCACAAGUGCUGAAGCAGCUCAAACUGAGCAAUUGUCCUUUCUAGUUUCUUUCCAUCCCGACCAGAGAGAAGUGAAGCAGCAGGAGUAAAUAUGCAUGUUUUGGGUCUGUUUAUGGUGGCGUCUGUGUUCCUCAGCACUGGAUCUGCUUCAGAUGAUCAGAUGGAGCUAGCAGCUUUACUGCGCAGCGUCUCUUCAGCAGCACUGAUCCGAGAUCAGCCGCUCACAGACCCACAGACAGCUGCUGCUGGACCCAAGCUGCUGACUAAAGAUGGGCUCAUCCAGGGCCUAACGCUGGACAAGUCUUAUGUGUUUUAUGGGAUCCCGUUCGCCGAUCCUCCUGUGGCAGCAUCCCGCUGGAAACCGCCCCGUCCUGUCACGCCAUGGAGAGGGGUGUAUGAUGCAACUUAUCCCCGAGCAGCGUGCAUGCAGGCCUGCAUUGGACCCAUUGCAGACGAGUGUCCCAAGAAGGUGGGUGAGGACUGUCUGUACCUGAACGUCUUUGUUCCUCUGAGUGUGAAUCUGGAGGCUCCGCUGCUAAAGCCGCUGCCGGUGAUGGUGUGGAUCCACGGCGGGGAUUUCAUCGCAGGCUCCGCAUCCAAACAGCUCUACGAUGGCCGAUACAUCAGCAACUUCACGCAGACGCUGGUCGUGAGCGUCGCCUACCGUCUGGGCGCGUUUGGCUUUCUAGUGUCAGGAAAAGACCCACAGACUUCCGCCGCAGGGAAUUAUGGGAUUCUGGAUCAGCAGGCGGCGCUGCUCUGGGUCCAGCAGAACAUCGCUGUGUUUGGAGGAGACCCAAGCAGGGUGACUCUGUUCGGCGAGAGCGCUGGAGCUCAGUCGGUCAGUCUUCAUCUGAUGAUCCAGAGCAGUAAACCUCUCUUCAAACAGGCCGUCUUCCAGAGUUUACCCUUCUCCAUUCCUCUGAAAACACGACACGAGUCUCUGAAGCUCGGGAAGAACUUCGCUAAAUCAGCAAACUGCUCAGUUCUGGAUCUGAUGUGUCUUCAGUCUCUGAGUCCUCAGGAGGUGCUGAACGCACAGAUCAAAUCCAGCUCGAAGGUGGUGAACCCCUUCCGCUUUCUGGAGCAGUUUGAGAGCUGGGGGCCGUAUGUGGACGGAGAGCUGAUCAGAGAGCAGGCGGUCAGUGCCUUCCUGAAGGGACACUGGCAGAAAGACAAGCCCGUGCUGCUCGGUACGGUUUCAUCCAGUCUCACCGUCAGCAUAAAUUCAAACUGUCCUUGUUCACUGGCUAGUGUGUGUGUUCCAGGGACCACCUCAGAAGAAGGAGUGAUCUUUGUGUACGGCGUCUUCAUGAAGCCUGUGUCAGCGGUCGAGUGCACCAUCUACACCACGGCCAUCUUCAAACAACACGCCAUCAAAAUCCUGCGCAAAUACCUGCCGCUGUACAGCGAUGCGGACCGCAGGGACAUGCUGGCACAGAUUGUGACUGACUACAUCUUCCUGUGUCCGUCGCGGAGGUCGGCUCGCGCCGGCGUGGCGUCCGGGAGCUCGGUGUGGAUGUACGUGUUCGAUCACGUGGCGAGCGAUCCUAGCGUGUGGUCGGGUGUGACGUUCUGUUACCGUCACGUGUGUCACGGCGCCGAGCUGCCGUUCGUGUUCGACUCGGCGCCGGUGGCGAACCUCAGCAUGACUCCGGCGGAGCGGCUGCUGUCCAAUCGGAUGCUGUGUUACUGGGGAGCGUUCGCUCACACCGGUGACCCCGGGUCUCACGCAGAGUCCAGCGCGUUCUGCAGACAGCAGCGUCCGCCAGCGUGGCCACGCUACACGGCUAACAGCGGCUGGCUAAUCAUGAACCUCACGCUGCAUUCACACGCGCAGAGCGGAGCGCGCGAAGACAUCUGUGACUUCUGGGACACGCUGGGAAUCUAUCCAUAAAAAAAAAAAACUGGUUAAAGGGAUAGUUCAGCCAAAAAGGAGAAUUCUGUCAUUAAUUACUCACCCUCAUGUCAUUCAAAUCACAUCAAGCCCUGUUCACGCCAAGAACAAUAAAUUUAAAAAUAACAAUAUUAGUCAAUGUAAUAUCGUCUGUUAUUGUUAUCUUUAUAGUUAUUGUGCUUGGUGUUGAACGGGUCUCAAGAUCUUCGUUCGUUUCGGGAACAUGAAUUUUCGAUGAAAUCCGGGAGCUUUCUGACGCUCCCAUAGACAGCAAGGGUCCCUGAUCGUGUAAGGAUUCGGGUCACAGAGCUCUCGGAUUUCAUCGAAAAUUUGUGUUUCAGAGACGAACGAAAAUCUUACGGGUUUGGAACGACACAAGGGUGAGUAGUUAAUGACAGAAUUUGUAUUUUUGUGUGAACUGUCCCUUUAAGGCUAGAAGGGAUACAGAUGUGGUUACUGGGCAAGCACACAUCAAUAUAGUGUAAUUUGUCACUGUACAACAAUAAUCACUAUUUUUGAAUUUUUGUAAGGGGUAGGUUUAGGGUUGGGGUAGGUGUAGACGUUAAUAAAACUGUCUAAUAACUUGAAAAAUUACACUUCAUUGUUAGUUUGCGGUCAGAGCUGUAUCCCUUCUUGCCACAACUAGAAAAACACGAGCGCUCACACAUAUCUCAUCUCAUUUCUCAUGGACUAACUGUACAGUCCAACCAAAAUUUAUUCAGACACCUUCAACUUUUCUCACGUUAUCACGGUUUAUUCACUAGAAAAAGGUGAUACAACAAGAGCUCCGUGUGUCAGAGCAAAUUCAUCUUGAUAAUGUCAGAUAAUUUUGAUAGAAAGGUAUGUAAUGAAUUCAGUUCAGCUGCAUUUAAGUAAACAAUUAGAUAAUACCAAUUUAGCCAAACUAAUUACCAAGCAAUGCUUCAUUUUGUUCAGUCUAUGGUGUAAAAAGGUUGCAUUAGCAAUUAAAUAAAAAACACUUAAGCAAAACAUGGUCAGGUCAAAGUGUCUGAAUAAUUUUUGGUCCCACAUUUGUAUCAGUUUUACUGAAGAUUUUUUCUCUAC